AUGCCGACUUUCCAGGAAAGACUGUUCGCACGUAAUUGCUAUCCUGGCAAACCUCGACUGGACAUCUAUUCAAAGGCGAGUAUCAUUGGAUCAUUAGUGAAGUUGCUAAGAGGCUCCCCUGAAAUGAAUUGUCUGCUAGGAAACAAGCCACUACGCUUUUCUCUGCGUGAGUUCGGAUACAUCACGGGGCUGAAAUGCGAGCCUGAAAGGGAAAAAGUUGGAAACGGGUCAGAAUCUAUCGAUGCCACACCUGGACGUAUGUGGAAAGAGUUGUUUGAAACUGAAGAUGAAGACGUGACUGUACCAGACGUUCUUCGUAUGCUUGAACAGCCUAGUCUUCCUGAGUGGAAGCGGUUGCCACUAGCUCUCAUUGCGCUUGUAGAUGGGCUCCUGGUUUGUGGUCACAAACUUCUUCGUGUGACGCCUGCUUACGUCGAGAUGCUGGAAGACACCAGAUCAUUUCUUCAAUAUCCAUGGGGGAGAGAGGCAUUCGUCAGCACUCUGUCUAGAUUGAGACCACCUCAACCUUCUGAUCCUUCUAAAAUGGAUAAAUCCCUUUCGGUCAUGCACCUUCGUUUGAAACAGCAGUCAACAGCGUGUUAUGGGUUCCCUCUGGCGCUGCAACCUUUUGCUUUUAAAGCUAUCCCCUCAUUGCUUGAGAAAAUUCCCGAACCUAGUAAAACCACUUCUUUCUUGCAAGAACCAGAAGGAUGCGACUCAACAAAUGCACUUCUGAAUUUUGAAGACAUACUUCUGAAUUUUGAAGACAUACUUCUGGUGGAAACCCAAACUGAGAUGAAGGUGGGGAUCCAAAGUGGAAGAAAGAAGUAA